AUGGGAGACAAUAGAAUGAUGGAGACUAGUAUGAAUUCUUCUCAAGGUCCUAGAAAAAUUCAUCCAAGAAGAAAACCAACUGAAGCUGAAAAGCUAUUUAAAUGCUAAUGCGGAAAAUCUUAUUUAAGUAAUGAAAGUUUAUACACUCAUCGUAAAACAAAGCAUCCUGAUGAAAUAGCCAAACCAUAUUAAGUUCCUCAAACUGGCGAUGUAAACAUAAACAAUUUGGAGAGAGAUGAUAAUGUUAAGAGAGUUAUUGUGAAUAACGACACUUUUAACAUGCUAACAAAAAGUGCCUUUUUGAAUUUUUUUAAAGAAAUGAAAGAAUUUGCUGACUCAGAGAAAGAAAUACUUAAGCUCUUCCAUUCAGAAAAAAAGGGAUACACUCUUCUAAAUAUGCAAUUUUUGGAAUAAGGCAACUAGAAGUAUUUAAAUUAUUUGAUAAAGGCUUUGCGUUUAAAUGAAAAUAUACCAGAUAUUAGAGAUAUCAGGCUCUUGAAUGGCAAAGAAAAUUAAUGGUUUAAUAUAAAUAUUAUAACUUCCUCAUUAGCGGGAAGGACUAGCAACUUUGCUGGCUUGGGUAAGUAAGAUAGUUUUGAUUUGGGUAUGAACCCUUCUUUAGGGAUUGGUAAUUUCAUAGGAGGAACAGGCAUGACUGAAAGUUACAACGGCGUAUAAAACAUUGAUUUAGGCUUAGAUACUUCAAUCAAAGACCCAAACUUUUUAAAUAUGAGUGAAUGGGGCUAAUAAGAUUAGCGUUAAAACAAUUUAACAAUGAUUUCUUCAGACAAUAAUCCCAACAAAAUGUAGUAAGUGAAAUUAGAAGACAUUCCAGAAUACUAUCGUGAUUUUUACACCAUCGCAAAAGAAAUUAUAAAGCCGAUGACUGAAAAGUUUGCAAUGGAAAUGUGUUAUUUAUUUGAUAAGUUGAUUGAAAUGAGUUCAUAAUAAUUAAAUGCUAAAAUGCAAGAAUACAAGGAAAAAAAUUAAGUCAUUCUUUUGCAACUCAUAUAAUCAGAACAAAACUUAUUCCCUAAAUUCAAUGGUCUUUCCAAAGUUAAUAGAGAGUCUUUAAUUGAAAAAUUCUUAUUUAAUCUUGCCCAUCUCUUCUAAACAAGUGAGCCUGCUCCUAAUCAAUGA